ACCUCAAUUUGACAUUUCGAUUUGAGGUUACGACAAGUGGCAUCUGAGCUGUUUUUCUUAAAAUAUUGAGGUCACCGCUUUCUUAAUUUCUGGUCGAGAAUCAUGUCGUCGGAAGAUUUCUACUUACGUUACUAUGUCGGCCACAAAGGUAAAUUUGGCCACGAAUUUCUUGAGUUUGAGUUCCGACCGGACGGCAAGCUGCGGUACGCGAACAACUCCAAUUACAAGAACGACACAAUGAUCCGGAAGGAAGCGUACGUCCAUCAGUCCGUGAUGGAGGAGCUGAAGAGGAUUAUCUUGGACUCUGAAAUCAUGGCUGAGGACGACUCCCCAUGGCCCCCACCAGAUCGUGUAGGAAGACAGGAACUUGAGAUUGUCAUUGGGGACGAACACAUCUCCUUCACUACCUCGAAGACUGGAUCGCUAGUGGACGUAAACCGCUCCAAGGAUCCCGAGGGGCUGCGCUGCUUCUAUUAUUUGGUGCAGGACUUGAAGUGCCUCGUCUUCUCGCUGAUCGGUCUCCACUUUAAGAUUAAGCCCAUAUAAAGUGUUGUGUGUGUUUUAAGUUUAAUUGCUUCCCUUCAAUCUAUUUAAUUUGAGUAUUCAUACGUAUGAUAUCUUUCAAUAUCGAAUAAAUUUGUAUAAACAAUAA